UGUCGUCACAUUCACGUCGUUUCAUUAUUCUUCAUCGUCAUCAUUAUCGUCUAAUGCAAAAUUGGAUUCCAUAAUCCCCAUUUUCGAGUCAUUGUAUUGUAUGAGUGGAAAAGAAAACAAAAAAAAAAAAAGCAACUCAAAUUAUAUAUGUCCACACCAUAAAUUGAGAUCACCCAAUUUCCAAAUUUUCCCACAUCCCUUAAUUACGUUACCUCAAAUUCAAAUUCCAAUUCCAAUUCCAAUUCUAUGCUCAUCUCUUACAAAGAAUGUCUCAAGAAUCACGCCGCCGCCGUCGGCGGCCAUGCCCUCGACGGUUGCGGCGAGUUUAUGCCUUCCAUUACCUCCACACCCACCGAUCCCACUUCUUUAAAUUGCGCCGCUUGUGGUUGUCAUCGGAAUUUCCACCGCCGUGAAUCGGAUGAUCCUUGGCCUAACCGUCGUUACUACCCAUAUCGUCUCUGUGCACCGCCGUCGCCGAGGUUGAGCAGAAUCAAAUCGCAAAGUCCUUCCUCACCGAUUCCUUUACCGAUUUCGCAUAUCCCCCCGCCAGUUCAAUUCUCGGGGGCCCAUAUGUUGAUGGCAUUGAGCAGCGGAGCGGGGGAGGAGGAUGAAUUGAGGCGGAAAGAGAGGAAGAGAAAGAGGACGAAAUUCAGCGGGGAGCAGAAGGAGAAGAUGCAAUUGUUUUCGGAGAAAAUGGGAUGGAGAAUUGGGAAAAGUGAAGAAAGAUUAGUGGAGGAAUUUUGUAGAGAAAUUGGAAUAGGAAAGCGGGUGCUGAGAGUUUGGAUGCACAAUAACAAAUACAUGGGAGGAAAAACAGAGAAAAACAGAGCCUCUCAGACUCAUAGUAGUGAAGAAAAUGGUGGAAAUGGAAAUGAGUCAAAACAGAGCACAUAGAAUUGAUUAAUUGUUCCUUACAAUCGCCAUAUUCAUCUGAAGAAGAGGGAUUGAUAAAAUAUGAUAAAGAAACUUCUUCUUCUUCUUCUGUUUAGUAAGAUAAGUGAAUGAUAUGAAGGUAUCAAUUUUCUUUGUGUGUUGGACAUAAUUAAUGUUUGGAUUAUGGAAAGAGAUCAGGGAGAUUUGUUAGGAGGAUAUACAAUCUGAAAUUUUAUUAGGACAUGCAUAAACAUAGUUGUUGUCUCUAAAAAAUCUUGUGCUCUAUUCACUAUUUCUUUUAAUACAAGGCCUAUUCUCUGCUGUUAUAUUUUGUUGAGUUUGGUAUACUUCAAGCCAA